AAGAUGCAUCCAUCCUUCUUCAAUAAUAAAGAACAACCAGCACACAUUUCCAGGAAGAUACAAUACAAUAUAAUCACACCUCAUUCCUGAUCGAUCCGCCUGUUCCAAACAAAUUUGUAAACAUUUUCGCUGCAAGCUUGCUCGCACUGGCACCAGUCUGCCUGCUUGCGGCGCUCCUCUUCUCCCCAUAGGCGACCGCGACCGCGGCUUGGAUUAAAAAUUCCUCCGCGCCUUAGCUUUCGCGAGCUGCUGCUGAGUGCUGAUAGCUCUUCUUGGUCGUGCGCCGGCCGCCGGGGCCUGUUCCAUUCCAUGAGUUGCAAUCAUGACCCCGCCCGGAGCAGCACCGCGUGCGCCUUGUUAAUUAGAAAAUUGGUCGCCAGCAGAGAGGAAGCUUCCGAAAUUUUUCGUUGCGCCGUGGGGGCAUGUCUCCGCGCCGCCGGCCGGUCACGGCGCUCUGCUCUAGCUAGCUAGCUAGCGGCGGGGAUCAUUGGGCAACCAUGCCUGUGCUCGAGGAGAGCCGCGCCGGAGCUGAGGGCGGCGGCGUCGACGAUUCUGACAGGCGACGGUGCUCGUGCCUGCCGUUCUGCUUCUGGGGCGGCGCCAAGUCCGCGGGCGCGCCGGCGAGGAAGAGGCGGCGGCGGCGCAGGCUCAGGCUGUCGUGGCUCGCGUGGCCGUGGUUCUUCCGGAAGGGCGGCGGCAAGCGUAAGGGUGCGGGCGGCGACGGCAGCGGGAAGAGCAAGCGGAGGGGGACGCGGCUGCUGCUGCUGCUCACGGCGUCGCUGCAGCCCAAGAAGGCGCUCGCGUCCGUCGUCUCCGGAGGCGGCGGCGCCCUCCUCCCGGCCAAGAGACUAAAGGGACUAGAGAUCAUUAUUUGCAGUGGUGAAAGGACCCAAAUAUCCCUCUCCUUCCACCUCGCCUACAAGCUCUGCUCCUCCACGCUCCUCUACGACCUCUUCCUCGCCACGCUCGCCGUGAACCCCUCCCUCCGCGCCACCGUCGUCGCCGACCUCCUCGCCGCCCACUCCCACGACCCCGCCUGCGUCGGCUUCUCGCAAUGGCUCCUUAACCACGCCAUCGACCCCGACCAGGAGCUCGCCGCAGCGGAGGGCGAGGUGGCCGCAGAGCAGGAGGCGCGCGGAUCAGGUGGCCCCCGAGGGCGCCGAGGACAAGGAGGAGGAGACGAGGAGGGAGGAGGCCAAGGAGCUGGAGCGGAUUGGGAGCCAGCGAGCCUCAACGGCGCCUCCCGCCCGGCGCCCUCGUCCUCGGGCCACUCCCUCCCGGCGCGUUGGCCGGAGUGGCUACCGGCGGCGGUGGCGGGUGAGCCCUCCUCCUCCUCCUCCUCGCUGGAGGCGCCGGCGGAGUGGGCGGGGCGCCAUCGGCCGCGGAGCCGCGGGGGGCGGCGCCGCCGCCAUGGACCCGCCGCCGUGCCGUGUGCCCUCGAGCUCCACGGGGCAGCGCCCGCGAGCUCUAGGGGGCGGGGGCGGCAAGCUCCACGGGCGGGCGCCAGGAGGAACAGGUGCGGCGACGGGGGGCUGGCGCAUGCUGCGUCGGUGUCGGCGGCGGGAGGAGGCGCAGAGGAGGGGGGAAUCGGGUCGCGAGGGGGUGGGGGUGGGCCCCGCAUGGCACUUUCGGCGACGCCAAGAAGCAAAGCAAGCGCAAGCCACGGCCAGCGGCGGACGACGGGCCAAGCGGCAGCAGGCAGCCGCAAGCCUCGGCGACAGCUGCGACCGCGAGCACCCGGUGCACGGGCACGGCGCCCGCUCGUUCCCGGACGGAGGAGACGAGCCAGCCGAGCCCGAGACCACCCGACGGGCCAGCCGCCGUCGCCGCCGGCCGCACCUGGCGAGCGCGAGCCCCGUCGAGGCGGCACUCGUUCCGUCAUCGGGUCGACAGCACCGGGCGGCGGCGCCGGCGGGCUGUGGACGGCGGCGACGACGCUGGGCGUGAUCGUGCUCUUCGGCCGCGUCACCGCGGUGGUCUUCCUGUGCUCGUGCCUGUACGGCGCGCGCUUCGUCCGGGCGAGGGCUGCCGGCGCCGGCGCCAAGGCCCAGAGCAGCGGUGUCGCUGGCGGCAGCCGGCGGUUCGGCGACCCGGCGGUGGGGGUGGCCGCCGAGAAAGCCGUGGCGGUGGGGCCGCGCGCCGCGGAGGAGUGCAAGAAGAAGGUGGUCGUGGCGGGGUUGCUCGACAGGGCAGGCAAGACGCCCUCGUCGCGUUUUGGUAGGUGAUCAUCAGAAGCUUUACGUUGUAAAUGAUGCCUAACGGUGUGGUGUGUGCCGGUGAUGAUGCAGUUUUGCUCUUGUUUUCUUCUUUGGUGAGAUUGGCAUGGAGUAGAGGUCUCAGGUCUGGAUACGACUGGAUUGGUUUUUGGUUAUGAUCAGUGAUUGGCAAUUUGGCAUGGCAUUCUAUGGGCCAAAGAAAAGAAGACAAAUAUAGGAGCUUCAGGCGUUC